AUGUUCCUUUCCAUGUGGAGCAGUGGCGAAGAGCCUGCACCACAGCCUGAUGACGAGGGCCAAAUGGUUGGAACUGAGUAUGUUCUGGGAAAGCAGAUCGGCUUUGGGGGGUUCAGUACAGUAAAGGAGGCGUACAAAGCCGAUGAAACUGGUGGAACCAAAAGGCUGGCUGUUAAGAUUGUGCGGAAGCAAGUCUCAGGAAAGAAUGAAAAGGAGAACGAUGAGGUUCAAGCAGAAUUUGAUCAUGAAGUUCGAGUCUGGCGAUAUCUCAACCAUCCAAAUGUUUUGACGCUUGACGCUGUCUACGAAACUGACUACGCGACAUUUUGCUUUACUAAAUUAGCCAUCGGCGGUACCCUUUUCGAUCUUAUCCGGCAAAACCGGCGCGGACUUGACAUAAAGCUUGCAAAGAAAUAUACUUAUCAGUUAGCGUGCGCACUGCGAUACCUGCAUGAAGAUGCCCGAGUGGUGCACCGAGAUAUUAAAUUGGAAAACUGCCUUCUAGACCCGAUUGAGCUUCCAGACGGAACGAAGGCAUCGAACCUUGUCUUGUGUGACUUUGGAAUGGCGGAAUGGAUGAACAUCGAUAACGGGGGUGUCUCUCCCGACCCAUACGACGACGCUGCGGAUCGGCCACCACCUAAAACGAUCGGCCCUGCUGGGUCAAGUACUAGCGUUGCAGGAAGCCUGGAAUAUGCAUCUCCAGAGCUUCUUCUUUCUACCAGUGGUCUCAUCGACGCGUCCGUUGAUAUAUGGGCAUUUGGCGUGAUCGCUUAUACUGUGCUCGUAGGAUCUCGCCCCUUUCAAGAUCCGUUCACGCCCCGCAUUCAGUCGCAGAUUCUUAGCGGGAACUGGGACAGGACGGCAGUCCUAGGUGAUGAAACAGAUCUGCCGGCCCGCAAGGACCGGGAGCACGCCCUUGAGUUGAUCGAGGGUUGUUUAGAUAUGAGCGUUGAAAAGCGUUGGACCAUCCGUGAUGUACUCUCAUCCCGUUGGCUCCGGGAACUCUCUGAAAAGGGUGAAGAUGGUGAAGCCGACUCCAUCUGGAAGCUUUAUAAUAGCAUUCGCCUUCUAGAAGGAGGGUUGAAAAACCAAAAAUUGAUUUAA